GCCGUGCACGAAGAGCUGGGGCCUGGCUCAGAUGAGUUUUUCCUUGGUAGCUUCUACAGGGGGCUUGCGGAGACCUGGAUAAAGAAGCUGAGCACCAUGCGUGCCAAUCUCGUGCGCUUUGCCUCAUGUCAGACGCAGUGGCUGCGUUUGGCACCGCUCCUGCGUGGCGGUGCCUUACCAACAGGGCCCUCCCUGACGAAUCUGCAGAAGGGGGAUGCGAUCUUUCAGACCUUGGCCAAUGAGAUGGCAGCAGCUCCUCAGACGAGAACUUGCUUGGAGGAUGUGCUGGGCUCGUGCGGCGACGCCUCCAACGGACAUCGGAUCGAGCAGGCUAGCAAGUACUUCUCUGAAGCCCUCCGCUUCAUCAAAGCCGAUCUGGAGGACCUGCGACGGCGAUGUGUGCGCCUCUUACUCCUGGAGGACGAGGAGCUCCUCCUACUCUGGGGCAGCCCAGCGCUGUCAGUGGAACAGCAGGAAGUCAUUGUGAGCAACAGCCUACCUCGACUCUUUCCCGGUUGCACCAAGUGGAGCUUUGCGCGACGCGGUUCGGCCGGAGGAGAGAAGGUGCGCCGUUUGAAGUCUUCAAACAGCGAACUCUCCCGUGGAGGCACCGGGGAACGACGCACAGUGCGGC